AUGACAACACCAGAUAUGGCAGCAGUACCGGCGCGGGCCUCCGCCCUCCUCGCAAACCUGACAGCGGUAACCGCGCGCAUCAGCACAGCAACUCUGCAGGCCCCAACGCCCAAACCAGUGCGACUGGUCGCCGUCUCCAAACUCAAGCCCGCCAGCGACGCACUCGCCCUCCACCAACCACCAGCCUCACAACUGCACUUCGGCGAAAACUACCUCCAAGAACUCCUAGAGAAAUCUCGCCUCCUGCCCGCCACCAUCAAAUGGCAUUUCAUUGGUGGACUCCAAAGCAACAAGUGCGUAACACUUGCCCGGGAUGUGCGCGGACUCUGGGCCGUGGAAAGCGUGGACACCCAGAAAAAAGCCAAACUCCUGGACAAAGGCUGGGGCGAGCGAAGCGAGGACGUGAAAGCGCACGCCGAAGACGGGGACAAGCUCCGCAUCUACGUGCAGGUGAAUACGUCCGGGGAGGCAAACAAGGCUGGAAUUGAGCCCGAGGCAGCGGCGGGAUUGUGUCGGUAUAUUCGGGAUGAGUGUCCUCGGUUGCAGUUGCAGGGUGUUAUGACGAUUGGGGCGAUUGCGCGGUCGAGGGAUACAACGGCGGAGAAUGUGAAUGAGGACUUUGUCUGUUUGCGGGAGACGAGGGAUCGGGUGGUGGGGGAGUUGGGGUUGGAGGGGCUGGAGUUGAGUAUGGGGAUGAGUUCGGAUUAUGAGGGGGCUAUUGCUUUGGGGAGUGACCAGGUUCGGGUUGGGACUACGAUCUUUGGAGAUAGACCGCCUAAGGCAGAGGCUGUUGUUUGA